GUCGUGAUCCGUCCGUCGGUUACCCUUCCACGCGCGGUUUCUGGCUUCCAUCGGAUUCGGUGAUGUUGUUUGGAUACACACAGCUCUUACCUCUUUUUCUCUCUCUCUCGCUCGCUUCACCGAUAAGUGUUGUGUGAUAAAACAUUCAGGAAAAUGUCACUUGUCGUAAAGGGUUGCAUUUCCGCCGUCUCCAAUGUCGACGUGGGUUGAUUCGGAUUGGUCCUUCUGCUUGGAACUAAAAUCAGUUUCAUCAAAUUUAGCAUCGAACUGAAUCCGUCAACCAAAGUAGGCUGAGCUCUAACAUUUUCAAGCAAUUUGUUUACGUCUUUUUCGCAAAGUUUGUGUUGUCACUUUUAAUUCUGAACGCUAUUUAUCGAGUUUAAUAUAGAAAUUAGCUGCAAAGAAGGCAUUUCCCGACUAGUCUGCGUGGAGACAUCUAAUCAUUGUGAAUUCCUUCCCCAGCAAAAAAAAACCGCUCAACCAACACAAUGUCAUCGAGCAAUUAUGGCGCUUACGAUCCGGAGAACCAAAGCGAUAAGCAGUUUGAUUUUGGCGAACAAUCAAUCAGAAGGGGAUUCAUUCGCAAAGUGUAUGCAUUUUUAACGACACAACUGAGCGUAACACUCGGCUUCAUAGCACUGUUUCUGUAUCAUUCGCCCACGAAGCUGUGGGCCCAACAGCAUCCACAAAUGUUGUGGAUUGCUUUGGGUGUGAUGUUUGUUACCCUACUAUCCAUGGCAUGCUGUAGCAGUGUACGUCGAAAGGCUCCAAUGAAUUUUAUAUUUUUAAGUCUGUUUACGUGUGCGGAAUCUUUUCUGCUUGGUAUUACCACUGCUAGGUUUAGUUCACAAGAGGUACUACUUGCUGUGGGCAUCACCGCUGCUGUCUGUCUGGGGCUGACGUUGUUCGCCUUUCAAACCAAAUGGGAUUUUACCGUUAUGGGAGGAAUUUUGUUCGUGGCCAUUAUUAUUUUGCUACUAUUCGGUCUCAUUGCUAUCUUUUUUCCUGGAAAAACUAUCACUAUUGUUUAUGCCAGUCUUGGCGCACUGCUGUUUAGUGUUUACUUAGUUUAUGACACUCAGCUCAUGAUGGGCGGCGAGCACAAGUACAGUAUUAGCCCGGAAGAGUAUGUUUUUGCCGCUCUAAGCCUUUACCUGGAUAUUAUUAACCUUUUUGUGUAUAUUCUUUCCCUAAUUGGAGCCGCUCGUGACUGAGUCACUUGAGAAGUAUGGAACUAGAUUCAAGUUCUGUUGAUGCAAUGUAUUGUUAAAAAACAGUCAAUUAAAAUAAAGAAAUGAAAAUGAGUUGGUUUCUAUAUUAAAAAAAAAUUUUUUCCUUCAAGACAUCAGGAUGGUAAUUCUCAGUCGGAUGCUGGAGUGCUUUGCUCAAUGCUGAUUUGUCCUUAAAGUAAUAUGUUUUGUGAGAUAUGUUUUUUUUUGCAUUCGGUUUGUCUUCUUUCAGUUUCUAGCUCAACAACUGUUUAAACAAUAAAUUGUAAUUUA